AUGUAUGGUCCCAGUAACUGCGAGGGUGUUGACGCGCAAUCGUCCUUGGUCCCGCAGAAGAGACCGACCGACAAGCCCGGGGGCUCAAUUGGUACCAAGAAGAGAUCAAAGCGAGUCUCCUUCAACGAACAGCCCGCCAUCUUAGGUUCCUCGGUCACCCAUGUUCUCAACCCCCAAUACCUGACAUCGAUGGAUGUGCCCUACAGAUCCCAAGAGGACACUGAGAAGAUCGAUUGCGAGUAUAAAGCAUUGUCUCCAGAUGAAAACGGUGACUACACUGGCGAAGAGGCAACUCCAGACCCCAGGAUUAAUCCAAAUAAUGCCAUCAUCGACACUGCUAUCUGGGAGAAUAUGGGUGGGCUGCCGCAAGACUUGAUGGCCCAGAACCUUGAGGGUCAUGGCCUUCCAAAUGCUGCGAGUCGAGGAGAGUCUUACGAUGGUCCAGUAAAGGAGAAUAGCGCGCAUAAUGGCCUCUAUGUCGACGUAGGUAGAGAUGUGACUCGAGCGUCUCCAAUGGAACUCAACGAGGACUUCGAUCCUGCCUUCGCUGACAAGUAUCAGGAGAUACGUGAUGCAUCUCCGCUGAAUACAAACCAGUUAGAACUCGAUCUUUCCGAUUCCAAGGGCAAAGAAGUUGUUCGAGCAGCUCCGGAGGACUCGAAUAAUGAGAGCAUUGGUCUUGCCGUGUCUAAGGACAAACAAGCCGUUCGAGCAACUCCAAUGAAACUGAACCAUGCGAAGACCAAUAUUUCCUCGGCUGAAUUCAAGAAGAUCCUUCGAGCGACUUCAAAAAAUGCUAAAAAUCUGGAUCUUGAUGCUGCAAACCUCCAAGCGCGUCUCGAUCAGGCAAGCACCGUACAGACGGUGCCGAUGGGAGAAUAUCAGGAGACAGUCAUCCGCUUGAAACGGGAACUCAAUCGCCUAAAGAAACUUGUCCUCGUCCAAGAUGAGGCCAAGCCGCACACGGAGGAAGUCAAACUUGUCAUCAGACUGAAUGAAAUGCUGGUGGAAGAAAACCACGAGCUUGCCGAGGCGGUGCAGUAUUUGACCGAGGAGGUUGAUAAUCUCAGCCGUGAAGCCCAAUCUCUCGUGAACCAGAAUCAGAAUCUGCAGAUGCACAUGCCGUUCAACGACCCCUUCAAUCCGCACUCGUUGUUCGAGGCUUCCGUGGAGCCUAAUAGUAACGGCUCCCAGGAUUACCAAAGGCUUCUUAACGAGAAGAAGAGUCUGGCCAGAAAGAAUCGGGUUCUCAGUGAAAAGCUGGCGGCCUCCGGGCGACGGAAUGAAGAGAUUAUAGCUCAAUGUCGCAAAGCGGCUCAGAGAUCAGGCCCAUCCAGGUCCAAAGACCUGCUAUCCAAGAUUGACGGUAAGACUGAUGCUAGAACUGGCAACAAGAACAGUAACACGACUGGAGACAAGGCUAGCAACACGACUGGCAACCAGACUAGAAACAGGACGGAAACCAAGCCUUGCAACGAAACUGACUUCGUGGAUCCGUUUGAGGAAGACAAACUCACUGCGAAAAAGCUAUUCACCGACCUGCGCGACCAGAUCAGCGCCUUCGCCAAGCAGCACUUCAGCGGCAAACCCGCCGUCAAAAUGAUCCGCAAAGCACAGCACGAUCUCUUCUAUCGCACCUCCAAGGAUUUCGAGGCCGAUAUAAUCAAUGUGGAAUUCAAACAGUACAUGUUCGAGUCGGCCAUCUGGUUCAAGCUCCUAGAGACCUUCCUCCAGCGCCCCUACGCCAUGUACAGUCCCAGAGCUCGCGCUGCCAACGAGCAGAUACGACUGCGCGUCAAUAAGCGCGACGACAGUGAACUAAUAGCUGACUACCACUACUGGCGCGCCCUCACAGGCGAGUUCCUCAGCCGCGUCUACAAAGAUGAGGAGCACUACCGAGUCGGAGGAAACCCGAGGGUCAAGCUCAUCGAGGACAUGUCGCAUAACUGCGUUCGCUUCUCGUCCAAUGGAGACGAGGCGGAGUUGAAUGCUGGGUUCGAAGCCAUCAUUGCCAAGGCGCUCGAGUUGGCCAAGUGCGUGACGGAAGGUCGAGCCUGGUUUAAAUUCGACAUGUGGGGGGGUGCGCAGCCCGACCUAGACAAAACUUACGGCUUUCCGAUUGACGAGGAGAUCAUGACGCGCGAGAAGGAGGAUGACGUGUUUGGGCUUACCACGGAGUGGAGAGAAGACCAAGAAGUCGAGGGGGUCUAUAUUUUGGCUUCGCCAGCGUUGUGCAUGUAUGGCGACUGCAAUUUGGAGAACUAUGACACGUAUGAGAUUCUCGAGAAGGCGAGAGUCAUCUACUAG